GAAAUAUUGCCGUUCAGUGCCAUAUGAUUAUAUAAGCAGGACGCCGACACCGCCGGGCAAGUCCCGACAAUCGGCCGCGAAGACUGAAGAAUGCAGAAUGUCACUGCUCGAGAUUCUCCUGUCUCACUUCGCGAGGAUCUCAGCAUUGUGAGUGACGGGUAUUCCAUUUAUUUAUUUGCACAAAAUGUUCCGAUCCAGCAUCAGGAAAUUCGGCACAACGGCCCUGCGCGCCGCAGCGGCUGAAACAUCGUCGUAUGGCGUGCGAGUCUCCAAGGCGCAGGGCGUCGUCAAUGGGCUGACAGAAGCAAUUGGAAAUACACCUCUUAUUCGUCUAAAACGCCUCUCCGAACAAACCGGCUGCAAUAUCCUAGGCAAGGCAGAGUUCCAGAAUCCUGGCGGCAGCGUGAAGGACCGAGCUGCCCUGUUCGUAGUAGAGGACGCAGAGAGAAAGGGACUUCUGCGACCCGGUGGUACUGUUGUUGAAGGAACUGCCGGAAACACGGGCAUCGGACUUGCGCACGUCUGCCGUUCCAAGGGCUACAAGCUCGUUAUCUACAUGCCCAACACCCAGUCGCAGGGUAAAAUCGAUCUUUUGCGCUUGCUCGGUGCUGAGGUUUACCCUGUUCCUGCUGUGGCAUUCGAUAACCCGCAGAACUAUAACCACCAGGCUCGACGACAUGCCGAGUCUCUCGACAAUGCCGUCUGGACGAACCAGUUCGACAACACGGCCAACCGCCAAGCACAUAUCGAGACGACAGGUCCUGAGAUCUGGGCACAGACUGGCGGAAAGGUUGAUGCCUUCACCUGCGCUACUGGUACGGGCGGCACCUUUGCUGGUACUACGCGGUAUCUCAAGACCGUCAGCAACGGACGGGUAAAGGCCAUCCUCGCCGACCCACCGGGCAGCGUCCUACACAGCUACAUCCAGAGCGGUGGAAAGCUGACAGAGCGGUCCGGCGGCAGUAUCACCGAGGGUAUUGGACAGGGUCGUAUUACGGAUAACCUGAAGCCAGACAUUGGUCUUGUUGAUGGAUCAUUGAAUAUCAGCGACGAGAAAUCCAUCGAGAUGAUCUACCGGUGUCUUGACGAGGAGGGUCUCUACCUGGGUGCUAGUUCGGCACUCAAUGUCGUGGCUGCCAAAGAGGUUGCUGAGAAAAUGGGCAAGGGGCACACGGUUGUGACGAUUCUCUGCGAUGGUGCCUAUCGGUAUGCUGACCGCCUGUUCUCGGAUACGUGGCUGCGCAGUAAGAACUUGCGGGAUGUCAUUCCUAAGCAUUUGGAGAAAUAUAUUGUAUUGCCAUAAUACCAUAGUGCGAUUGACUGGGAUAGCCUCGGGCCAUUAGAACAUGAAGAAAAGGAAAAAAAAAAAAAAACCAAAACCACAA